UACAGCACAUCCCUCGUCACCCUCACCACAGCCAUGGUCAUCCUGUGUCGCUUCCGGAAGCUUCACUGCACCCGAAACUUCAUCCACAUGAACCUCUUUGUGUCGUUCAUGCUGAGGGCCAUCUCCGUCUUCAUCAAAGACUGGAUCCUCUAUGCCGAACAGGACAGCAACCACUGCUUCGUCUCUACCGUGAGUGAGCUGAGCUUGGCCCCCUGGCCUGCCAGGACUCCACCUCCCUGGGACACCCUGCCACCCAGGUGUUUUCCUGCAAGUUAAGGCAUUGUGCCCGGGGAACAGGGAAAUCCAGGAGUAACCAUGAGGUUACUGGUAGCGCCGCUGAUUUCCCUGUAUGAUGUUACUUCCUGUCCCUAGUCCUGUGUUAUGCACUUGGCAGAGCUGUUGAGGAAGGUCAGGUGGGAAGGCCAGGUCCCACUUGGCUGAGGAGCGCAGGCUCAGAGAGAGGGCUUGCCUGGACCCUGGAUGUUUAACUUGCCCACGACGGAGCCGAGGGGCUGAUGGGCUCGUGUUCUUCCCAGUCUACCUCCCUGGUUCUCAGAC